AUGGCUGCAAUCGCCAGCUCCCUGAUUCGCCAGAAACGUCAGGCGAGGGAGUCCAACAGUGACCGGGUGUCUACUUCCAAACGGCGCCCCAGCCCCAGCAAAGACCCCCGAUCUUUGUGUGAAAGGCAUUUCUUGGGGGUCUUUAGCAAAGUGCGUUUCUGCAGCGGCAAGAAACGACCAGUCCGCAGGCGCCCAGAUGCACCCUCCAAACCUCCACAGGUGUCCCAUAAGGGCUGCAGGCUAGAGCCACAGCUGAAAGGCAUCGUGACACGACUGUUCAGCCAGCAGGGCUUCUACCUGCAGAUGCAGCCGGAUGGAACCAUCGACGGCAGCAAGGACGAGAACACCGACAGCACCUUGUUCAACCUUAUUCCCGUGGGUCUGAGAGUGGUGGCCAUCCAAGGUGUCAAGAGCGGCUUCUACAUCGCGAUGAACGGCGAGGGCAUGCUCUAUAGUUCGGAGAUGUUCACACCAGAAUGCAGGUUCAAGGAGUCUGUUUUCCAGAACUACUACGUGAUCUACUCGUCCACUGUGUACCGACAGCAGGAGUCGGGCCGGGCCUGGUUUCUGGGCCUCACAAAAGAGGGGCAGGUUAUGAAGGGCAACAGGGUGAAGAAGACCAAGCCCUCUUCACACUUUGUACCCCGGCCCAUUGAAGUUUGCAUGUACCGAGAGCCGUCGCUGCACGAGAUCGAGGACAAGCAUCGGUCCAGAAAGAGCUCAGGGACUCCCACCAUGAAUGGGGGGAAAGCUGUCAAUCAGGACUCCACAUAGCAGCAAUGAAUACGGGGCUUCCAAGGCACUGAGCAGGGGGACUGGCUUUUGACUUUUGGAGAAGGAAACUCAAGACGCUUCCCCCCCAAAACAUCACUGACUCUGAAGAGGAGUGAUGCUGUACCAACCCUUAAAAAACUGAUUCCUUGCCUGUGAAAACCUUUUAGAUUUAUGAAUAUGAUAACAGACAUUGUCAAUCAGGACAUGACAUUUUAUGCAAAAAAGUGGCUGUGGUUUCUCUUCACACAAAUAUCUAUCAUUUCAAAGUUAUGCUGUGAAAAUCAAGCUUUAAAACUUGGAGUUUGUUUUCCCUCAUAUGCUUAGUUAUGUUAUUGAUUAUGAUCCCGUUAUCUUGACUAUGAUAUUUUUGUGGUUUAUUUUGAUUGAUCUUAUCUUAAAUGCACUGUCUCGCUUGCUCCAGUGUGAGGGUAAAGACUGAAUGUAUCCACUAGGACUGGGUUUCGGAGUGCUUACGUGGGAUGUAUUUUAUUCAGAUGUUUACUGUAAGUUUGACUCAUAUGUGACAAAUAG